AGGGCACUGAAAAGUGGUCAGGAGGUGGGAUUGUGAAUGGAACAUAAAUCAUUGUUUUUCACAGCAAGCACCCUCAAACCACCCUAAACACAUCAAGAAUGCCUCCCGCAGGAGCUGCCUUUGUGGCCAAACUCAAAGUUCAGCUGAAACUGGCUAUUGCCAGAUUGCGCAUGGUCCAGAAACGAGAUGAAGCCCUCGCCAAGACUCAGCGACGGGCUAUGGCGCAGUUGCUUGAUGUUGGCAAGGAGGACUCGGCCCGCAUCCGUGUUGAGAACAUCAUCCGGUCAGACAUCACCACCGAGCUUCACGAGAUCCUGGAGCUCUACUGUGAACUUUUGCUUGCCCGCGCCGGUCUGUUGGAGGCGCCCACUUGCGAUCCUGGUCUCGAGGAGGCCGUCAAGAGCAUCAUCUACGCCGCACCCAAGACCGAAAUUAAGGAGCUCCAUCAAGUACGGACGCUGCUCGCGGAGAAGUUUGGUAAGGAGUUUGCGCUGCAGGCGGUGGAAAACUCGGAUGGCAAGGUGUCGGAGAAGGUAGUCAAGAAGCUCAGCGUGACGCCACCGCGGGAAGAGCUUGUUGUUGGCUAUCUGGAGGAGAUCGCAAAGGUGUAUGGCGUGAACUGGCCAAAGAAGAAGGCAAACUUGGGCGAGCCGCCUGAUUUCAUGGACGAGGAUGAGAGCCCGAGCGGUGGGCAGGCUCAGAAGAACCUCGAGGUACCUUUAAAGGCGGAAGAUAAGGAGGCGGAGGCUCAGGAGGAGCUCAGCAAGGCUACACCACCAGUGUCCUUCGGACCUGCGAGCCCACUACAUGUUAACCCACCACCGCCGUCAACCGACAAUAUCCAUCCCAAAGUCACCCUGAACCACCAGCAACUACAAUCAAAGCAAUCUCCAGCGGGUGGUGGAGUUGUGAAGAAGGCACCUGCGAAAGGGAGUAUCGCCGACGGCAUUCCUGACGUGGACGAGCUGGCUAAGCGGUUUGCGGCUUUGAAGAAGUAGCAGGGUUUUGCCAUAAUAUGGACUUUUUCAAGCGAUUUGAGCGUUUGCAGAACCAAACUACGAAAGUAUGGGAGCGAAUCUUUGCAGCGGUAUUUGUUGGCUCAUGACUUUUCAAGCGAAUCAUCAUCAAUUCGAAUAUUCUCGUACCUCGGCUACUCGCUUGGUGUUGACUGACCUGUUGGAUACCGCGUUGCUAUUGGCAUA